UAUUGAUAGAUUGUAACUACCUCCGAUUUGUUUCCUCAACUAUAGGUAAUUAGUAACUGAUUUUGACAAAAACAAACACCAAAUAGAAAGAAUUCUUCAAUUUCAUGCAUCAUACAAAAUUUUAAAAAGAGAAUUGAGAGAGAAAACAAAAAUCGAUCGCAGAAGAUGAUAUCAUUAUCAAGAAAUUCAGGAAAUUGUGUUAGGAAUAGUUUGGUAGGAUUUGGAAUUGCAUUAACAGUUUUAAUAAUUGGUCUAAGUUUAUAUUGGAAGGGUUCCAAAUUAGGACAUCAUCCUUCUUAUUCUUCUAAUUGCUCACCUUGUAUUUGUGACUGCCCACCUCCUUUAUCCAUCCUUAACAUUGCUCCUGGUUUUGUCAACCUUUCAAUUGAAGAUUGUGGUAAAAGUGAUCCAGAGCUCGAGACGGAGAUGGAAAAACAAUAUGCAGAGCUUCUAAUGGAGGAGUUGAAGUUACAUGAGGCAGUUGCGCAACAACAAAUUCGUCACAUGAAUGCAACAUACAGAGAGGCACGAAGAGUAGCUUCUCAGUAUCAACAUGAAGCUGAAAAAUGUACCAUUGCGAUUGAAACAUGCGAAGAAGCUCGAGAACGUGCUGAGGCACUCAUACGUCGAGAGAUGAAACUUGCCUUCUUGUGGCAACAACGAGCUCAUUCAAUGGGUUGGCAAGGAGAAUGAUCCAAUAUCUUUACUUUUUUUUUUAAUACCAAUUUCAACAUACACAUUUUUCUUCUUUUUAGUCGAUAACUGCUCAUUCUGUACUAUUUUUUUUUUUUUUAUAAGAGUACCACCGUCUCCAUCUUUUUUUGCUCUUUAUGUUUGUUAUUUUACACGCGUGUUAACGACUAAUUAAUGUGCAUUGACAUUCCUCUAUUUUUUUUAUUUAAACAAGACAAAUUACGUUUAUUUAUAAUGUUUUCACUUUUAUCAUAACUUUUAUCGCAAU